UGAUCUAGAAUACCACACGUAUAUUCAGUAUCCCAACUGUCAGUUUAUUUAUUUUUAUAAAGAAAUGAUUUUCUUGUUAUUAAUUUUAUUUCCGUGUUUGUUCGUAGCAUAUAAUAAUUGUAUAUCUAUUAUCGAGAAACAAAGUUCAAAGUCUAUAUCUAUGAAAUCUGGAUUUAAAAAUUAUGUAAUAAAAGUUGGGUUAUAAUUCUACGAUGUCAUUUAGAAAAACAAUUUUUAUAAAUUCCACAUCGAGACCGAAGAUAUAUUAUGCAAGUAUACGAAAGGUGUCUUCAGUAAAAAGACAGUUUAAAGAAGUAGAAAUUAGAGUUCCUUGGGGUUUUGUAGCUGGAAAAUGGUGGGAACCUUACGAUGUUAGGCCUAUUCUAGCCUUACAUGGUUGGCAAGAUAAUUGUCAGACAUUUGAUAGGUUGAUACCAUUGUUAAAUAAUAAUGUGGGUUUUCUGGCAAUUGAUCUCCCUGGUCAUGGAUAUUCAUCACACUUACCUCAUGGUAUGGUAUAUUUUGCCUUACACUAUGUUAUGGUCAUCAAAAGUAUAUCAAGGGAUUUUAAUUGGUCGAAAGUAUCUUUAUUGGGACAUUCCUUAGGUGCCAUAACAUCAUUUUUAUACUCCACCUUGUUUCCAGCAGAAGUAGAUUUUUUAAUGUGUUUAGAUGCAGUUAAACCUAUGGCUACACCUCAUCGAUAUAAAUAUUUGAGUAAAUCUAUUGAGGCUUUUUUUAAAUAUAAUGAAUUUGUAAAUAAUUCAACAGAACCUCCUAGUUAUACCAUAGAAGAAAUAGAAGCCUUAGUCGCGAAACCAAAUAAAAAUUCAAUUGAUUUACAAUAUACCAAAUAUAUUUAUGAAAGAAAUAUUGCUCCAUCCAAGUUACACCCUGGUAAAUACUAUUUCACUAGAGAUCCUCGACUUAAAAUUGGUAACUUGAAUACUAUUAACCAAAGAGAUAUUGUCGAAAUAUCUCAACAACUUACAAUGCCAAUUUUUAUAGCCAAAUCAAAAACUUCCAGUUAUUACGAACCGAAAGAAAAUUAUUAUGAAAUUGUUGAUAUUUUGAAAAGAGUAAGCGCAGAUUGCGAUUUUAAUUAUGUGGAUGGUACGCAUCAUUUUCAUUUAAAUAAUCCCGAAUGUGUGGCGAGCAUUAUGACGAAUUUCAUCAGGCGUCAUAAUACUGAAGAUAGAAAUAUAGGGGGCAUUAAAAAAGAUGUUGUAGUUGACCGUAUAUGAAUAUUAAUAACGAACAUAAUUUAUUCUUUGUUAUCUACCUCGUAAAUCGAAUUUUUUUAUAUUUAUGGUGUUAAUAAACAUAUUUAAACAAAUCGAA